AUGAACAGAGUGAAGAGAGUGCAGGGCCUGAGUCCGGGAUGUUACGACACCUACAACGCAGACAUCGACUGCCAGUGGAUCGACAUCACGGACGUCAAACCGGGGAACUACAUCCUCAAGGUCAGCGUCAACCCCUUCUACCAGGUGCCCGAGGAGGACUACACCAACAACAACGUGCGCUGCGAUGUCCGCUACACGGGGAACUACGCCUACCUCUCCGGUUGUCACGUGUCCACGUAUUAAUGGAGGAGGACUGGCGGCUGUGUGACGGACACUGAGGAGGAGCGCAUAUGAAAGUCUUUACAAGUUUGUUUAGUUUAGACGUGACUAGAAUCUGACUGUUGUCUCUGCAUGCUGUGUUCCUUCUUUGUGUGAAAGCCAUUGAUUUGCCUCUUUUCUUGUUUCCCUUUAAAGCAGGGGUCACCAACCUUUUUGAAAGCAAGAGCUACUUCUUGGGUACUGAUUAAUGCCAAGGGCUACCAGUUUGAUACACACUUAGAUAAAUUGCCAGAAAUAGCCAAUUUUCUCAAUUUACCUUUAAUAAAUAAAUCUAUAUAUAUAUAUAAAAAAAAUUGGUUUUUCUGUAUGUCAUUCCGUCGUACAUUUUUUUUCUUUUACAGAAGGUUUUUUGUAGAGAAUAAAUGAUGAAAAAAACACUUAAUUGAAUGGUUUAAAAGAGGAGAAAAUGUGAAAAAAAUGCAAACCUAAUUUUGAAACAUAGUUUAUCUUCAAUUUCGACUCUUUAAAAUUCAAAAUUCAACCGAAAAAAAUGAAGAGAAAAACGAGCUAAUUCGAAUCUUUUUGAAAAAAUUAAAAAAAAUAAUUUAUGGAACAUCGUUAGUUAUUUUUCCUGAUUAAGAUUAAUUUUAGAGUUUUGAUGAGAUGUUUUAAAUAGGUUAAAAUCCAAUCUGAAUUUUGUUAGAAUAUAUAACAAAUUGGACCAAGCUAUAUUUCUAACAAAGACAAAUCAUUAUUUCUUCUAGAUUUUCCAGGACACGAAAUUUUAAAAGAAAUUCAAAAGACUUUAAAAUAAGAUUUAAAUUUGAUUCUACAGAUUUUAUAGAUUUGCCAGAAAAUUUUCUUGGAAUUUUAAUCAUAAUAAGUUAGAAGAAAUAUUUCAAUAAUAUUGUUCGUCGUAAAAACAGAAGCUAAAAUGAAGAAUUAAAUUAAAAUGUAUUUAUUAUUCUUUACAAUAAAAAACGUUAAUUUACUUGGAAAUUGAUUUAAAUUGUCAGGAAAGAAGAGGAAGGAAUUUAAAAGGUAAAAAGGUAUAUGUGUUUAAAAAUCCUAAAAAUCAUUUUUAAGGUUGUAUUUUUUCUCUAAAAUUGUCUUUUUGAAAGUUAUAAGAAGCAAAGUAAGAAAAUAAAUGAAUUUAUUUAAACAAGUGAAGACAAAGUCUUUAAAAUAUUUUCUUGGAUUUUCAAAUUCUAUUUGAGUUUUGUCUCUCUUAGAAUUAAAAAUGUCGAGCUAAGCGGGACCAGCUUGCUAGUAAAUAAAUACAAUUUAAAAAAUAGAGGCAGCUCACUGGUAAGUGCUGCUAUUUGAGCUAUUUUUAGAACAGGCCAGCGGGCGACUCAUCGUUGGUGACCCCUGCUUUUUAAAGCAUCCAAAAUCAUAAAAAGCUUUAAAAUUGUUUUGAAAUGUAAAAAAAAAGAAGAAACAUUUAGCCUUUUUUUUUUUUUUUUUUUUUUUAAAUCACUGUCAAUGUGACAGUCUAGUGCACGGGUGUCAAACUCAAGGCCCGCCACUUCAUUUUAUUUGGCCCUGGAAAUAAUAUUUAUAAAUAAAGUACUGUAACUUUUCUUACUAAAUGUAUUAUUUCUAUCUAUUUUGGGAGAAGAACUCCAUUUAACCGCAAUUUAUGUUAACUUAAAUAUUGUCUAAUUAUGCAAAUAAAAAUAUAUUAUCCAUAUUA